UGCUCUUCUUCUUCUUUCUUCCCGCUGCAGCCACUCGAAAGGAAAAAAAAGGGAAACCCAGCCAUGCCUUUGAGAAACCGGUGAGAUAAGCUUGGUUUUCUCCUUCCUUUCUUGCUCUAGAACACACCUAGAACCCAGAAAUCUUCCCCCCCUGCUGGAAAAGCCGGAUCUGCCCUGCUCUGCUUUGUCCUUUCGCCGGCUGCUCUUGAUUGUGGGUGAUUUCUGGGCAUUUUUUUCGAUCCGUGAGUUUCUUCCUUGCACUGUCGCCGGCUUCUUCCCCCUGCUAGGUCCGGUUCUUGUUGGAAAAUUCUGGUAUGUGACAGCCAUUUAAGCUUGAAAUUGUCCCUUUAUUGGCUGCCCCUGUGUGUCCGAAUUAUGCUAGAAAAAUAGGGAGGAAUUCUGGUAGCCUUUGAACAUGUUGUAAGCUUGGUUAAGUGUAAAUUAGCUUGAUUAGUUGCUGUGAUUUUUAGAGAAAAUCCCGUGAGAUUAGUUAGUGUUUUGGCCAAUUUGUGGGAGUGGAGUUACUGUUCACGUCGGGGUCACUGUUCACAUCGGGGUCACUCUUCACCGGCACUGUUCACUGGUUACUGUUCACACCCCGAGGGCCAACAUUUAACGGGAAUUUAAAUGAUUAGUUUGUGAUAUAAGAACGAUUUUGGAGAUAUUUGAUCACGUUCUUGAUCGUUCUGUUAGUUAGUGCGUGAAUUGAGUGCUCGGUUUUAUGCAAGUGAGGUAAGUAAAUUUAUGGUAAUGCCCGUAGAGUUUUUAAAAGCAUGUUUUGAUUUGUUUUUGAAGUGGUGGCGGGACUAAACCCGUUUUACACAAGUAUGACUGAUUUGAAGUGAAAUGUUUUAUACUUUUCACUAAAUUGAGCAUGCCUACUUGAAAGUGAUUGUGAACUGUCCUGAUGAUCUGAAAGUGAUUGUGAAUUGUGAUUUGCCUGUUAACUUCUGCCUGUUUUGUCUCCGAUGUGGUCAUGUUAUUCGUGACCCUGCUAGUGUGGGAGGUUCUAAACGCUAGCACAUGUCGACAUGUAGUGAUAGAGCCGAUUCGUUCAACCCAGCUAGUGGGGGUUAUACACCAGCAAAUCGUGGCCCUGCUAGUGGGGAUUAUACACUGGCCGUGACCUAUAGAGGAGACGUCUAUUUCGUUCCCGUACUGUGUCCGUUUUGCGUGAUUGCACAUGUUGGCAUGCUAUAAGUUUGAUAAGGGGCACUCCAUAUUUACUUACUGAGUUUAUCUCAUAGUUUUCCUUAUUCACCAUUUCAGGAAGUGAAACCGAGGACGAGGAAACCACGGGAAGUGACGAGUUAGAAGGCUAGCCAUAUUGCAAUUGGAUAUAGAUUUUCAAAAUAAAUCAUGAUCUUGUAAGCUAGAGUGUAUUUGGAGAUUU